AUGAAAAAUGAAAGCAAGCACAUGGAAAAAACAAAUUUCGAAAAUGGCAAAAUAUAUGUAAUAUAUGACGAGAUUUAUGAUACACAUAGGAAGGAAAAAAGGAGGAGAAAUUAUUACUGCAAAAUUGUGAGGUUCCCCAACCCUCGAGUGUUAAUAAUCAGGGCGUUAAGUGAAGUGUAUAAUUUGAAGGACAGAGUGGAGUAUCUCCCUCGUAGUUACCACUUCGGCGUACUAAACACACACAGUUAUUUCAAUGGGGAAAAAAGGAGCGUCUACGAGACGCUGCUCCUUAUGCAUGCCCUGAAUGGCAAAAGGGAGUUAGCAAAGAGCGUGAGUGGCGAAGCGGGAGUGAGCCCCAGAAACGAAGGCAAAAAUUACCAGGGCAUACACCAUAGCAACGAAGGAACAAAUGACCAGGGCAUGAACCCUAGCAACGAAGGAACAAAUGACCAGGGCAACAACGACGCCACAGCAUUGACCAAGGUAAGAAGAACCAGGAAACAUGAAGACCUAUACUUAUUUCACAUUUUGAACGAGGCCCACCAAGUGUAUGAAUAUUUUUUUUACCUGUAUGGCAAAUGCUACCAAAAGUACACUCGCCAAUUUUUCGUAAACAUAAAUCUGAACUACAAUUUGGUCAGAGGAUUUAUAAAAUUGCAAUACAUGAAUGACCACAUGUCAAGAAAGUACAAAAAUGUGUCCCUCGACAGUAUGUUGAAUAGGCUGAUAAAACUACUGCAUUUGUUUUCACAGCUUGGGAAGAAUUAUGAGAGAGUUGAGUGCAUCGUCUUGUACGUAUAUUUCUACACCUUUUUAUGUGUGCCCAUUUGUUUCUACCCAUGGGGUUGCCCUAAUUUCGAUCGCUUAAGCAGAAAAAUACUCAACGACGGAAACGUUAAUAUGAUCAUUAACUAUGUGCAUGCCAAUAAAAAGAGCUUAUUUUCCCUCCUCCUAAAUAUCACAGAAGAAUCAUCUGGCUAUUUCGAAACUUACGAUUUUAACCUGGCGAUAUUGAUGAACGAAGUUGCCGGGGGAAGCGACAAUUUGCAGCUACGCUACGAUGAUAGAAAUGGUCCGUGUUACCUCGGCCAUAAUGCUGCCCUGUUCGAAAGGAAUGAAGGGUACAUCAACUUGAGUGAAUAUCGCCUACUGAAAGACAUAGGCUAUAAUUCGCUGAGGCAGCUGUACAAGCCGCACUUCUAUCACUUGACAGUGUUGAGAAGGACGUUUUUGUUUCACAGAAAAAUGGAAGUCAUUCUGUGUGUCGAAAUAUUUCGUGUUGAGGGGGCGCACAUUAUAGCCAAACAGUUGCAAAUGGCCAAUGACGAUUUUUGA